AUGUGCGAUGGCGAUCUCGGGAACAGGCCGAGGCUUAUCCUCCUCCAGCUCGGGCUACAUCGAGAUCCGUUCGUCGAGGGGCACCGGGCUUGUUGUUCUUUGCCAUCCGUCCAAUCAGCCGCAUCCAGCCUCAAUUUCUCCGGUGUUAGGGCCGGAUCCGCCACUUCCCUUAUGGAAAAGAGGAUGUGUUCACCACCGGCGGUGGUAAGGCUUUAA